CCACUCAUACACGUGAAAAGGGUCCGUUUUCGUAACGUUGUGCCAUGGUGACAAAAGGCGUUGCCAACAUCCACGUUUUACAAACUCGCGUAAAGCUGCAUCAUGUCCCUGGAAGACUCAAUGUGCAUUGUUUCUUGGAACAGAACCUCCAGUUUCCAUUAUACAUCUAGAGUAAGGGCUCUCAGGUCCGUGGAAUGGACCCACCGUGCGCGGCAGACCUGCCCACCCGUGCGUAACCGAACCUGGGCGGAGCCAAACAGCUGGAUACUCCGGGGUGUCUCGUGGCUGCUGUGAUUCGUAGCAGAGUUGUGGACGAGGGAGCCUAAACUUCCAUGCACUCCCUUAAAUGAGUGAAGGUCCACCGGGGAGUCGGUCGUUGGAGAGCAAAAACGGGAAAACCUUUGGGAACGCUGGAGGACGCGCCGGCGCUCUAAGUUUCUCCAACCCCCCCCCACCCCCAAAACAGGAGAAAGACUGCACAUUCAGCUGGCCAACAGCAGGACUUUAGCUCAAAGGGGCAUCUGUCCAUCCACUGUUGUCUGCCAUCUUUAAGAUAAUGAACCAGUUGGUGGGAGUUCAGAUGUCAGUCAUCGACAGUUAAAUGUUAGUACUACUUAGGAGGAUAUCGCUUGGCUGGCCGAAGAGGAAGAAAAGGAAAGGUGCUGGAAGAUGUCUCUGUGGAUGAUUCUGCCCGUCAGCCUCCCAGUUCUGAGCAUCACUGGGAUAUGGGUUGUAUAUGCCAUGGCCCUAUACAACCAGCACGUCUGCCCCGUGGAUAACUGGCUGUACAACCAGUCAUGUGAAGAGAAGCUCCAUUUGCAGAGCGGGCCAUCCCUGUGCUGCACGCUUGACAAUGUACCUCUCAUCAGUAAAUGUGGAACUCUUCCCCCUGAGAGCUGCUUCUUCAGCCUUAUCUGCAGCACAGGUUCAUUCAUGGUUAUGGGGAUAGUGCUGCUCCGCUAUGCCCAAGUCAUUGAGAAACACCAGAAUUGUGUUCUCAACACAGCUAGUCUUUCCACCGGCUGGAUCUGUGCUGCAGGACUCAUCAUGGUGGGAAACUUCCAGGUGGAUAAUGCCAAAGUUCUCCACUAUGUCGGAGCAGGCAUCGCCUUCCCCACCAGCAUGCUGUUCGUGUGCCUGCAGUCUGCCUUGACUUACAGAUUGGCCAAGACACAGGGGGAGUACAACAUGGCCCAUCUCCGACUUUUUAUGACCCUCCUGGCCUUCAUAGCGUUGGUGCUCAGUAUCCUCUCUGGUGGUGUGUUUUUCUGUCAGGAGAGCUUCGUCCUGCAGCACACCUCGGCCAUCUUCGAGUGGGUGUUCUGCGUCAUCAUCAUGCUGUUUUACGGGACAUUUGCCUUUGAAUUCGCCAGCAUGUCAACAGACACCAUGGUGGUGCUGGCCAGAGGAGGCUCCCUGGGACCUGCCGGGAGAGAGCACAAGAUGGACUCGCUUGGAGGGCUGGGAGGACCCCUUCCACACUCACACCAGCCCGAAAACAUGUCCAUGCUGUAGCCACCCGGCCCCUUUGCCAUUUGCUUCGUCUAUUCCAUUUAAACUCAUUGUAGAAUGAAUUGAAUUAUUCAUUAAAACCCCCAUUCGUCCAAAGCUAUGAAAUAAAACCAGGCCAAUGUAGCAUCCCUGGAGCGGGCAUCGAUCUGCUGCCACAGUGGAGAGCUCACUCAGUAUCGUCUUCACAUCGGGCGUUUUGUCUCCAAAGAACACGUUUGCAUUUUGCACAUUACACAAGUGUGAAACCAAGUGGCUGGCAGCAGAGGGGUAUUUUGUUAGUCAGAAGAUGAAAAUGUAUGCUGGUCCCUGAGAUGCUGCGAGCUGUCUCAGUUAGGCACCUUGGACCAUUUCUUCUUUAGAGACUCAAAGAAGUGAGGCUGCUGGACAGCCCAGCUGACAGUUUCACAGCUUUUAAACAGAAGGAUGACAAUGUUCAGGUGAUACUGUGGGGUCCUGUCUGUCAAACGGUAAACAGAAUUAGCUUGGCGGCAUGCUGUAUUUAAAAAAUCGGUGACACACUCGGUUCAGCAGUAUUUCUGGUAUCUACAAUCUCUACGAAUAACACCCAACUCCUCAGAGUUUUCAGCUACUCUUGUCUCAUUUUUACAUCUGUGUGUUUCUUUCAUGCCAAAGAUAAAUGCACUUCAAAGCUAAACGCCCAGGUUGUUCUCAGGAGUCACUGACCAAGGCUUAAUGGAAAUUGAAUAUUUUUGGAUGGAAGUAAAGAUAAUGAAGUGCCUUGUUGGUGCCUGAUAGGCCAUCCUUCUUUAAAACAUGUGACAUUUAUUUUUUUGUGCAGCUUCAGUUAUGUUUUUUAAAACUUCCUUGGUACUCAUGCCCAGAGUGCAGCAUUUCUAAUGUUAUAUCCUUAUUUCUAGUACUCACAGGGAGCAUGGAAUGGACCUGGUGCCUUCAAAUGUCGGAACUCUUUCUUUAAGCAAAGUGUC